GAACCACCCGUGCAACAUCAAUGCUCUUUAUUAAAUUAAAAUGUGUAGGACCCGAUAUUAUUAAAUUGCACUAAUAACAAUUAGUCAUAUAUAUUUGUGGUGCUUAGCACUUCAAGUGCCCUUAACAUUUUUCUAUAAAUAUAUGUAUAUUCUAAGCUCUUUUCAUAACCAAUUCCAAAAUACCAUGGAACUAAAUAUCAAGCAAAACGUAAUGGUGACUCCAGCACAAUCAACUUGGAAAGGGAAUCAAUCUUUGUCGGAAUGGGAUCAAAUUGGAUGCACCACAUAUACAAGUUCUAUAUACUUCUACGCCCCAACCACACUCCCAUUCCAAACCAUUACUCAAACCCUAAUCGAUUCCUUAAGCCACACUCUACCCCACUUCUAUCCACUAGCUGGGCGCUUGCGCAGCUUAAACAACGGGCGUUUUCAAAUCGAAUGCAAUGGAAACGGAGUUGUUUUCGUUGCAGCCGAGCUGAACGCUGAUCUUUCUUAUUUCGAGAAAGAUUACUUCACACCGACUCUUGAGUCUGAUCGUUUACUUCCUUAUGUAAACGAGUCUCUCCCAAUCCACGAACUCCCUCUUCUUCUCGUCCAACUAACCAAGUUCAGUUGCGGGGGUUUAAGCCUAGGGGUUACCGCAUCACAUGUCCUCAUUGACGGACUAAGCGCCGCCAACUUCAUGACUGAGUGGGCCCGAAUCGCACGGGGCUUGCCGUUACAGAAGGCACCAUUUUUUGACAAAAAGGCCUUUGGAGUUGGAGAUUGUUGUGGUUCAAACCCGCAACGAUUUGAUCACUCAAACGACUUUGGUAAUAUGCCGUUUUUGCUGAAACAACCUAACGCGGAAGAGCUUAAGAAGAUGAAAACAACAAUGUUCACACUAAAGCUUACGAAAGAACAAGUCCAGAAACUUAAGAACAAGGCAAAUAACGAUCUGAACCGUCCAUCUCGACCUUACACGCGUUAUGAGGUGUUAGCAGCUCAUAUUUGGAGGUGUUCGAGUAAGGCGAGAAAGCACGACACUCAACAACCAACAGCUUGUGCCGUUACAAUCGAUUCGCGAAAGCGUCUGGAGCCUCCGUUACCGUUUGAGUACUUUGGUAACGGAGUAUUCGAUGUAACGGCGAGGUGUACGGCGGGGGAGUUGUUAUCUAGUUCGUUAAGUGAAGUUGCUAGUAAAGUACGUUCAGUUAUUGAUAUGGUUACAAAUGAUUACGUGUUGUCAGCUAUUGAGUACUUGAAAAGUCAACAAGAUCUGACCAAGUUUCAAUACUCUUAUAAAUCGUCAACUAACGGAGGUGGCAAGUAUUGUGGGAAUCCUGUGAUUAGUGUCAUAAACUAUGUGAAUUUGCCGUUUAAGGGUAUUGAUUUUGGGUGGGGAAAGGAGAUCCAUUUUGGGCCAGCUUAUCAUGAAAUUGAUGGUGAUCUUUGGAUAAUAAGGAAUAGUUGUGAUGAUGAUGAGUCUCUCUUGAUUGUGAUUUGUCUUCUUGUGGAACAUGUUGAAGCUUUCAAGAUGUAUUUCUUUGAUGAUAUGAUUUAACUAAUUACCAUCACUUUGUUUGUUUGUUUAUUGUUGGGGUUUGAGAUAAUAACUUAUAUCUAUUAUUAAUUAAGCUAUAUAUGCACUUUGUUUUGGGUAUUUAUUAAGGGAGUGUUUUGUUA